AUGCAAAACAAUAGUGCAAUUGCGGUCAUCGGGCUUGCGUACCGUGCCCCGGGAACCGGUGCGAAAAACAUGUGGGAAUAUCUGGCAGAGGCCAAAUGUGCGUGGUCAGGAGUACCACCCGACAGGUUUGAUCACGGUGCGAACCACUGUAACGGGUUUAGAAAGCCCGGCCUUCUCUCAGCAACUGGUGCUCAUUUUCUACCGGAUGAUGUCUAUUCUUUUGAUGCGCCUUUCUUCAAUUUACGGCCAGAUGAGGCUCGGGCUAUGGAUCCACAGCAUCGCAUGAUCCUAGAGUGUGCCUUGGAGGCUAUGGAGAGUGCUGGUAUCCGGCUCACUGACCUUUCUGGCACCAACACGGGAGUGUUCUCAGCUGUUGGGUCUUCUGAUCAUGUUCAGCAAGUGUCCGAAGACUUGUCAUAUACAACUAAGUGGACCGCCAUCGGGAACGCGGCUUGUAUGUUUGCAAAUCGACUCUCCUAUUUUUGCAACCUCACCGGGCCUAGCAUUACGCUUGAUGCCGCUUGUGCCAGCAGUGGCUACGCAUUUCAUAUGGCUUGCCAGAGCAUCCGAUCUGGGGAGUGCAAUGCUGCAUUUGUUGCCGCAUCGCAUCUCAUCCUUGGCCCUACCUUGUGGAGCCAUCUUGACAACAUGGGUGCCACCUCUCUGGAAGGGAAAUGUUUCUCCUAUGAUGAAAAGGCCUCAGGAUUCGGCCGUGGUGAAGGCGGCGCAUGCCUCUUAGUCAAGCGUCUCGACGAUGCAAUUAGGAGUGGUGAUCCAGUUCUUGCUGUUAUUCGUAACACUGCUUGCAACCAUUCUGGACGGUCAGAUGGUAUCACGGUCCCGAAUGCGGAAAUGCAGGAAGACUUGCUCCGUCGAGUCCACGAGGAAGCUGGCCUAAACCCUGCUCAAACUCCCGUCGUCGAGGGUCACGGUCCUGGUACUCCAGUUGGAGACCCCAUCGAGGCUGGUGCGUUCGCCUCAGUCCUGGCUCGUGAGCGAACACCAUCUACACCGCUGUACAUCGGCUCAGUCAAGUCAAAUUUUGGCCAUCUAGAAAUGGCCAGCGGGAUCAUCUCCAUUAUUAAGGCGAUUUUAAUGGUUCAACACGGCCAAGUCCUGCCCACCGCCCACUUUGAGCAGCUCAAUAAGAGUAUCAGAGGAAAAGAAAAGUUGAAGGUAACCAAAUCUCUGGUGCCGUGGCCACUAGGUGCUCUAAAGAGGGUUUGUGUCACGAACUUUGGAUUCGGAGGCAGCAAUGUUGCUAUCAUCGUCGAUGAAUCCCCAAAUCUUCUCACACCUCCUCGGCCAGAGCCAGCCAAGGGCCGUGAUAAUGGUGGGCUGCGACUCUUCGUACUUUCCUCCAAGUCCGAAAAGAGCCUUUCAGGCUACGUCUCAUCUUUUGUCAAGUAUUUAGACACAACACCUGACUCAGAUGAUUUCUUAAAACACCUAAGCUUUACGCUUGGUCAACGGCGAACUCACCAUGCCCACCGACUGGCGACGGUGGCAGACUCCGUUUCCGGCCUCAAAGAUGGGUUGCUAAGCUCCAAGAUCCGCAAAAUAGCCGAUAUUUCCUUGGCCUUUGUAUUUACCGGACAGGGUGCUCAUUUAAGAUAUGCUCAAAUGUCUGUUGAUCUCCAACGCUAUGAACGCUUUGCAGCAACCCUUGACCAAGCUGAAGCUUGCCUUUGCGAUCUCGGCGCGGGUUGGUCGUUGAAAGAGGAACUGAACAAGCCAGAAGCAGAGUCACGCAUUCAUGAUGCCGAAAUCAGCCAGCCAGCAUGCACCGCUGUUCAACUGGCCCUCGUCUCUUUGCUUCAGUCUUGGGGUGUUAAACCCGCAGCAGUGAUGGGACACUCCAGUGGAGAGAUUGCUGCUGCCUUCGCCGCGGGCCUCAUCUCCUUUCAGGCUGCGGUGGCUAUUGCCUACUUCCGCGGCCUGGCUGCUGCAAGACUCCGUGGAGUACGCGGUAAAGCAGGGGCAAUGCUCGCUCUCGGGGUCGGCCCUGAUGAAGCCUCAGAUCUGCUGCGAGAACUUGACAUGCAUGCGACUAUCGGCGCUAUAAACAGCCACCAGAGUGUAACGAUAUCUGGAGAUGUUUCUGCAAUAGAAAUGUUGCACCACAUAGCACAAGAACGAGGGCUAUUUACUCGCAGGCUCAAGGUUGAUAUUGCCUAUCAUUCCCACCAUAUGGAAGAAGUUGCCGAUUUCUACCUCGAAGGUAUUCAAGCGUAUUGCCCAGAGGAUGCUGGUGAAUACUGCUCUGGAGGGGUAGAAUCGCCUCCGAUAUUCGUCUCUUCAGUUACAGGCCGCGUAAUUGAGACAGCAGCUAUCGAUGCGACAUAUUGGGUCAAGAAUCUUCUUCAGCCCGUGCUGUUCAGAGACGCGGUAAUAGCACUGUACGAUAUACUAAAUCGUACCAGAUGCGCUCGGCCGACCUCCAAAUAUUCCAGUGCCAUCAUUGAGAUUGGUCCACACGCAACGCUUAAGAGCCCAAUACAGCAAACGCUCCAGGAACUCCAAAAGCUCAAGUCUCCCAACCUGGCACCUUGCUCGUAUCAUUCUUCUAUCUUACGCGGUACCAGUGGUUCUGAAUCGCUCUUGCGCUUACUAGGGAACCUAUUCUCCAUGGGAACUGUGCUAGACUUUGGGCAAGUCAAUCGCGUCGACAUUCAUGACGCUCGCGUCCUGACGAAUCUUCCAGCGUACGAGUGGGAUAAGUCCGUUCGCUACGUUCAUAAGUCGCGAAUCAUGGAAUCCAAAUUGCACCCUGGCCAUGACUAUGAUCCUCUUAUUGGCUGGAAGAUCCCUUAUUGUGACGGCAGUGAACACAAGUUCAGGCAGGUUCUCACACUCGAUGAAAUGCCCUGGAUCCGGGACCACAACGUGACCAAGGCAGUCAUCUUUCCGAUGACGGGUUAUUUGUCAAUGGCAAUCCAAGCCUUAAGACGCGUGAUCCCCACUGUCCCGGGUAGUUUCAUUCUACGGGAGUAUCAUAAUAAAAGAAGUUUAGAGAUAGCAGAAGACGAGCGCAUCGACCUGACUACCUGUCUCAGACCAGCAGCUACUGGGACGGAAAACUUUUCGUCUUCAUCUUGGACAUUCGAGAUUCUAUCCUGGGCGCCGGGUAUUGAUUGGACUCAGCACUGCUACGGCUUCAUCGAAGCGACAACAGAUCAAAUAGCGAUGAACACUUCGACUUUGAUUUCGUCGGCCAAGAGAAUUGGCAGCGAUACCCUACAAGAACGCGACGCUGAACGACUAUACGACCUGCAUGGGACAGACGGAACAACCUAUGGCCCUGCAUUCCGUAAAAUUAGUCGAUUUUGGGAAUCAGCCAGUUGGACAGUCAGCGAGAUUACGUUGGACGAUACAAAACCAUUCCUACCAACCCAAUAUGACUCUUCUCUAGUUGUUGACCCGGUAUUUUUGGAUACAUGCCUGCAAGGGAUGGGUCCUUUCCGCACCAUCAAUGAAAAGAGAGCCGCUUAUGUGCCAAACUAUGUUAGCCGGCUCCGCGUUUCAAACAAGCUUCCAGCAUCUCUAGCAAAGCCUCCUGUCAUUACGUCGGUUACGCGGUUGCUCAGCCGCGAAGCCAAAGUUGGCAAUUUAGAUGUCAGUGUUGCCGUCUUUGCGCAAUGUUCUCCUGGAGUUCUUGUGCCGGUUGCAGAGUUUGAGUCAGUUUCUUUUCAGUCAGUAACUGUGGCAAGCAUACAAGAUGAAGUUGCGAGUUUGCCCUCCAGCUAUUGCUGGGAAACGGUGCCUGUUCUGGAUUUUGUUGGAAAAGAAGUGUCAAAGGUGAUCUCGUCAGAUCCUUUAAGCGAACAUGAAUACGCAGAACGUGCCAAGUUCAAUAGCGCGGCGCUAUACUACAUGGACCGAACACUAAACGAGAUGGAAGGGCAGGAACUCCCUAUCCUACCUCCACACCUGGCUAAGUUUCAUUUGUGGGCCAAAACGAUUAUUGGCCAAGAGAAGUCGGCGGUUAGACAUCAGCCAGUAGAGAUACUAGCAGAUGUAGCCGACUGCGAUGCUCAAGGCCAGUUGAUUUGUAGGGUUGGCGAACAUCUCCCACGUAUCCUACGCGGGGAAGUACAACCCUUAGAAAUCAUGCUCACUGAUGAUCUUCUCUCUCGCUUCUACGAGGAACACAAGGGCUAUGCGAGAGGCAACCGUAUACUGGCAAGAUUUGCUCGCCAUCUAUCCGACAUCAAAAUGGGUAUGCGCGUGCUGGAAAUUGGCGGGGGCACGGGAGCUGCCACUCUACCAGUAAUGGAGGAGUUAUCACAGGGCGGGGAUAGUCUCCCCGAAUAUCUUUCUUAUACAUUUACCGAUGUCUCCGCCGGUCUUUUUGAGAAAGCUAAGAAGAAGUUGUCCAGGUGGACCAAACAAGUUGCCUUCAAGCGACUGGAUAUAACCCAGGACCCGACACAACAAGGAUUUACACUGGAAAGCUUUGACCUCGUCAUCUCAUCAAACGUCCUCCACGCGACUCCUAAUAUCGCAGUUGCUAUCAGACACAUACGGUCGCUGCUGAAGCCGAAUGGUAAGCUUCUCUUACUAGAAGCUACUUGUCAUCCACCUCAGUAUCUACCUUUUGCAUUGCUUCCCGGGUGGUGGCCUUUUGAAGAUGAACAUCGCCCUGGCAACGACGGGCCUAUGAUCUCUGAGACUGCCUGGCACCAUCUACUCGUUGCGCAAGGGUUCUCUGGAGUGGACAGCUCGAUGGUGGAGAGCAAGGAUCCGGCUGAUGGGGUACUCACUGUCAUGUGCUCCACAAGAGUUAAUACAAACAAUGAUGACGAUGGAGCGCCUACUUCAAUCUAUGUACGCGAGGUAGACGACGUCGGAUUUGUUAACACGGUAGCAGGACACGUGGCUAUGGAGCUCCAGCGCCGCGUUGCAGUAAAGACCUUUGGUGAGCUCAGGGCGGCAGACGGUGAGCUCUGCAUAGUGCUGGACUCCCCCGACCAGAGUAUAUUGACAGAUCUCUCUCCUGGACUGUUUCAAACUUUGAAGGAGGCCCUUCUAGAGACCAGCCGACUUUUGUGGGUUAUUCCGGAGGGUCAUCACCCAGACGCUCAAGCUAUUAAAGGGAUCCUACGCACAGUGCGGCUCGAAACCGACAUAAGGGCAUUGCUAUUAUUCGAGAAUGUACCACCAACAGAAGAAGGAGCCAAGCGGGUCGCUCAGGUAGCCAAACGACUGCAAGACUCAGAAUUGGGACGAAACCAUGACCAAGAUUUUGUUUGGGAAAAUGACAUGAUAUGUAUUCCUCGACUACGACAGCUGGCGGGCGCCCGGGAGUCUUAUGCUUCUGAAACCGGUAUUCCCCUAUUGAAACUUCAAAGCUUCUGGCAGGCUGAUAGGACAGUGGCGAUGACAGUUGACACUGUAGGGAGCUUGGAUUCAAUCUACUUUGGUAGGACGGCCACCCACUCUCUGCCACUAGCUGACAACGACAUUAUCAUCCGGGUCGAAGCGGCUGGUGUCAACUUCCGUGAUCUUCUUCUUGUUCUUGGAUCUAUACCAUGGAUGAACCCCGGGUUUGAAGGUGCCGGUGUCGUCGUCCACGUAGGAUCCGGUGUUGCCAAUUUAUGUCCAGGGGACCGCGUGCUUUAUAGCUGCCUUGAAGGCGGUGGAUUUUCAAAUCAUGUCCGAAUACCUGCUUGGGCGGCCGCCAGGAUUCCAGACGAGCUGAGCAGUGUCGAUGCUGCUGGUCUGCCCGUCGCAUACAUCACCGCCAUCAUGGCAAUCAUGCGGAUAGGGAGGCUCCGGAAAGAGGAGAGCGUUCUUAUACAUGCUGCGUCUGGAGCUGUCGGCCAGGCCUGCAUAGCACUAGCCCAGAAUAUUGGCGCCCGAGUUUUCGUCACCGCAGGUAGUGCUGAGAAGAGAGAAUUUCUUCGGCAAAGGUUCGGCAUCCCUAUGGAUUAUAUUUUUUCUAGUCGGACGAGUGCUUUCCGCGACGCCAUUCUAUGCAAGACGGACAGAAAAGGGGUCAACGUGGUCAUCAACAGUUCAAGCGGCCAUCUACUACAAGCUACGUGGGAGUUGAUGGCGGAUUUUGGUCGAUUUGUUGAAAUAGGCAAGGUUGAUUUACUCAAGAACAGCUACUUGCCGUUAAGACCCUUUGAGCGCUGCGUGUCUUUCACAAGCAUCGAUCUCCGCCAGCAGUUCACAAAACAACCCAAAGAGAUGGCUGAGUGCUUUUCAAUACUCAUUGACUUGCUCCAACGCCAGAUUGUUGUUCCUAUCAGGCCUGUCAAUAUCAUACCCAUAUCUCACAUUGCGGACGGGCUUCGCAAGCUCCAGUCAGGCAAAAAUAUUGGAAAGAUUGUGGCGAGUCUAGGCCCAGAUGACUGCGUGUUGGCUGAGAGUACACCCUCGCGAAGCCUUUCAACGACAGGCAGGCUACUCCGUAGUGAUGUGACAUACCUUAUUACUGGAGGGACAGGUGGAAUUGGUAUUUCUUUGGCACAGUGGAUGGUUGAAAAUGGCGCCUGCAACGUCAUCUUACUCGGUCGAAGCGGCUCGUCCCGCACAGAAGUUAAGCAACUGUUGGCGUUGUAUACUGGCACUGACAUCAAUGUGAAGGCUCUCAGUUGCGAUGUUGGGGCUAGAGAGGAUCUUGAACGUGUUUUGCGAUCCGUCCAGAGCCUUCCUCCAAUUCAUGGCGUUAUCCAUGGUGCCAUGCAUCUUCGCGACUCGCUCUUACAAAAUGCCACAUACGAAGACUGGCACGAAAUUAGAAUGCCAAGGGUCCAGGGGGCGUGGAAUCUCCAUGAGUUGUUACCAAAGCUUGAUUUUUUUAUUAUUCUGUCGUCUUACGGCGGGGCUACUGGCAAUGUCGGCCAAUCGAUCUAUGCUGGCACAUCGACAUUUUUUGACGCAUUUUCAACGUACCGAAACUCCCAUGGGCAGCACACAGUAUCGGUAUCUCUGCCAUUAGUCCUAGAUGUCGGGUAUGCCGUCAAACAAGGCUUAACAGAAGACUUGAAAGCUGCACUGGGAGCUACCUUGACAGAAGCUCAUUUACGGACGCUUAUUAAGGGGGCUAUUAUAGGGCCAUCUUCCAGUUUGAACGCGGGCGGAAAGGCUAUGUCCUUUACCCUUGCGUCUGGGGACGACGCAAGUCAGCAGAGUUGGCAAUUGUUUCACCCACGAGACCUUGUGCAGCGGACAAACUCCAAGAUGCUCGUACCUGGUUUUGAGAAUCUCCUUGGGAAACGAGUUGACGGAUCGCAUAACCAUGACCCUCUCCUUCAUUUGCUUGAGCACUUGCUUGAUAAAGUUUCCUCCAUCACGAUGAUAGAACGGGAUGAGGUGCACGCGGAUGCACCGCUUCGAAACUACGGUCUGGAUUCUCUAAUAUCGGUGGAACUACGCAAUUGGAUUCGAAGACAGACCAAGGUUGAGCUUCCAUUGCCUAGGAUCGUGGGUGCCAAGAAUCUCCGGACUUUGGCGCAGAAUAUUCUCGCACAAAAGGAGCCACAGAAUUAA